UGGCUUGCUUCCCAACUGGAACCCUGGGGACUUAGGGGGGCCGCUGUCCUGGCUGCAAAUGCAGGAAUGCCCACAUGCAGGAUCGCCGCCAAUUGCGGGUUGUAAUUGCACACUAUUGAAAUUGUUUAUGACAAUUCCCGUCAUUCGACAGACAAUUCAUAGGACAAUUUCACAAGGAAAUCAGUAACAACCGUUGCUAUGGAGGAGGUGACGCAUCUGGUGUCGUCCGGCGACUGUGUUAAGAUCUGGGACUCAGCCUCCAUGACAGUUUUGGAACAGUUCAACCCGCACAGUAAUACACACCCUGUGGCCCAAGUGUGCUGGAGCAGCAACAAUCAGUAUAUUGUAAGUGCCAGCAGUAUAGGAGACAAGCUGGUGGUAUCCAGUCUCAAGUCCUCUCCUAUCCCAGUGUUGGAGCUUGCAGAGGGGAAAAAGCAGACACGUGUGAGUCUGAACUCAACGUCCCAGUACCUAGUGAGUGGGGGGCUUGAUAACUCUGUUAACAUCUGGGACCUAAAGGCCAAGAGGCUUCAUCGCACCCUCAAGGACCACAAAGAGGAGGUGACGUGCGUGUCCUUCAAUGGCAGUGACAGCUACAUCGCCUCGGGCUCCACCAGUGGUGACAUCAUCCUGCACAGCAUCACCACCAACCUGUCCAGUAAUGCCUUUGGACACGGUACCAACCAGCCCAUCCACGACCUGAAGUACUCUGUGGUUAAGCGCUCCCUACUGGGCAGUGUGUCAGAUAGCGGAUCGGUGGUCCUGUGGGACGCCAACACUCAGAAGGAGCUGCACGUGUUUGAUGGAGCCCACAAGGCCCCCGCCUCGGGCCUGGCCUUCUCUCCUGCCAACGACCUGCUCUUUGUCACCGUUGGCCUAGACAAGAAGAUCAUCUGCUAUGACACCUCCAGCAAGAUUAUUCUCCGCAACAUGUGUGUGGAGUCCCCGUUGACGGCCAUUGACUUCACUCCAGAUGGGGCAGGGUUGGUAGUGGGCUCCACCCAGGGCAGACUGUACCUGUACGACCUGCGCAACCUCAGCUCCCCUACCAAGACUGCCGCUGCACACAAGACCUCCAUCACCAGCCUGCGCUUCCAGAGCUCCCAGAGCAGACACCUCAAGUCCAGUAAAAUAGCGUCCAGCAAGUCUUCCAGCGCCCAGACAAGCAAGAGGAUCUCAGCCAGGCUGGGUAGUACCUACCUACCAGUAACUACCCCCAGCUCCACCUCCAAUCCCCCCUCUAGCCUGCCUGCACCCCAUGCAGUAGAAAGAGGGGAUGGACAAGCCCAGGGCACAGGCACACACAAAGAGGCAGAGGGCCAGCUGGGUGUUGACUGCCUGCCUAGUCUGGACAAGUUCAGCAGCGUGGGUAGAAACAGCCUGGACAUCUUCUCCCCCGUAAAAGACGAUUACAAAGCCCACAGGAUGAGUGGUGAUGCUCCUGGUGGAAUCAAAGGGAAUGCGAUCAGUUUGGAUAUGUUCUCCAGAGAAGGGCAGCAAAGCAUGGAGAAGUUCAGCAAAGUGGGACGCAACAGUCUGGACAUUUUCUCUCCUGUUAGAGAGGAUUACAAAACCCAUGGAAUGACUGCAGAUGAAUCAAAUGGGAAGAAAGCAAACAAUCUGGACUUCCUCCCUACCUACUCUGGUGGGCCCCCACAACACAAGACUCCCCUGGGCACCCUUGGAGGAGGGUGCUGUUACAGCCCCCUGCCUGUCUUCCAGACCCCUUCACCAAUCAAAGAGGAGCUAGCCAUGCCUCCUGCACCAGCACAGACAGAUACACAGGACUCAAAAAGGUAUGAGAAGGACAGUGGUUCCAGUCUGGAGGGUGAAGCCACAACCACGCCCACGUCAUCAGCCCAGACCUCACACAGCCAACCAGCACCUCCGUUCUUCACCCCUGAACCCGGCCUGAGGACCAAUGAUGUGCAGGCCCAGCUGAGCUACAACACGCCCCUAAAUGGUGCGCUGCCCAUUAUUGUACCAGUGUCUUUGGCAGUGGCAUCCUCGCUAUCAGAGAGAAUAGUGGAGGCUGUUGGAGCAGAGGAUGGAGGCGCUCCCCUCACAUCUCUGCAGAUCCAGUUCAUCCGCAACAUGAUCCAUGAGACCCUGGAAGACUUCAGGGACGCCUGCCACCGAGACAUAGUGAACCUCCAGGUGGAGAUGGUCAAACAGUUCUACAUUCAGCUGAACGAGAUCCAUGGUCUGAUCGAGAAGUACUCUGUCAAUGACUCGCUGGUGGAGGAGAUCGAGAAGCUGAGGGAGGAGAACAAGCGACUCCGAGACAAUUACUGAGAGGUUGACUUGAUAGAGUUAAUCACCCCUGGAUACAGUUGUUGUCCCUUCUCAACUCGGACAGAAAGUCUUCCGCAGAGCUUAAGGUCUAUGUGGAAUAAUCGUGCCAGAGAGAGAACUCUGAAGGCUAAAGGUGCCAUUUUUUUGUAUCCUGGUUUAAUGCCCUCCAUCUCUUUCCAUGGCAUGCAGGGACCCUUUUGUAUUCUCACCAGUUUAUUUUGUACAUGUCAAAUUGCCAAGGGCCUUGGAAUGAAUUAAUUAAGAAGUGCCUUACUAGUUGUAACCCAAGGGCCGACCAGUAUGUUAUCAGUCACAAGGUAUGACACAGUGGUUAUCAUGCUGGACUGGCCCGUGAUGGCAUGGCACUAUUUUUCCCCAAUAAAAAACCGGUCUCUCCUCUCGCAGGUCCUUGUUGACUCCACCAGUGGAUCUAAUAUAAUGGACAAGUGUAAGUAAUGAUGCAAACUCCGUUACAAUAUUGCUGAUACCUAUUCAUUCCUUUUAGUUCUGUGAAGGAGAGAUCAACAAGGACCUAGGGAUUGGAAGAUGCAUUAGCUUGGGAUUGCGCUUAAAUACUUAUCUUCAGUAUGGUUGAAGUUGAUAGUAUCUUUUGGCUUUUACUGGAAUACUGAAGAUAAAUUAGGGCAUGCCUUUGUUGGAAGACAUAAUCAUGAUAGUGUUUGUUGUGGACUAAGUAAGAAAAGGCCAUAUCGGUCGGUCAUCAAUUUCUCUUGUAAGCAAAGUGGUGCCGAGCUCCCCUCUAUGAAGGGUGCUUGCAUCGCCAAGUUUCUGUUCCUCAUAGUUGAGUUUCUUUUGUUAUAGAUUUUUUUAUAAGAGGAAAAUAAAUACUCUAUGUAUACAAUCUCUUAACCUGUUUGGGCUGCAAGCCCGAAUUCGGUACGACAAUGACAACAGCUGCAGGGCACGAAAUUCAAAAUCUAUUUUUUAAAAAUAUUUAACUUUUACACAUUAACAAGUCCAAUACAGCAUUUGAAAGAUAAACAUCUUGUCAAUCCAGCCAACAUGUCCGAUUUUUUUAAAUGUUUUACAGAGAAAACACCACAUAUAUUUAUGUUAGCUCACCACCAAAUACAAAAGUGGACAGACACGUAUGGAUAUGAUUAUGAAGUAUGAAUUAUGAUUCAAGUAGCAUGCACAAGCCAACCGAAAUAAACUAAAACCAACCUAAAGAGCCCAGAAAAAACUACCUCAGAUGACAGUCAUAUAACAUGUUACACAAUAAAUCUAUGUUUUGUUCAUAAAAAGUGCAUAUUUUAGCUAUAAAUCAGUUUUACAUUGAUGCUACCCAAAAAUGCUAACACAUAGCUAGAGUCUGAAUCCAGACGGGAGUAGCCAGAGAAAAUACAUACACCAACGUCGGCUACUAAUUACACCUCAUAAAACAUUUCAGAAAAACAUAUGGUGGAUAACUAAUGAAAGACAGAUAUCGUGUGAAUAAAGCCAACAUUUCCGAUUUUUGAAGUGUUUUACAGCGAAAACACAAUAUAUCGUUAUAUUAGCUAACAACAUAAGCUAGCAUAAGUCAGCACUAGCAUUGGUCAAGCGCUAGCCUAGCACAGUUAGCCCACUUAGCACAGCACAGCUCAACAGAUAUAUGAAAAAGCAUCCCAAAUUGGGUCUUAUCUUUGUUGAUAUUCCAUCAGAAUGUUGUAACGGGGUCCAAUGUCCAGUAGAGUCUUUAGUUGGGUUCCAGAACGAAUUAUUUCCCUCUUUGGUUAGCAAGCACGAUAGCAUUGCGGCGCUACACAGCGUUUCUUCAAAAAAUUCUUCCGUCGUAUCACAUCUAAAGUCCAGAAUAAAUUGCAAUAAUAUAAUUAAAGUAUAUUGAAAAAACAUACUUUAGGAUGAUUUUGUGACAUGUAUCAAAUAAUAUCGUAGUCAGACAUCAUAUUCACCGUUAUCUACCUUGUUCCAGAAGCCGAGACCAAAUUAUCCUUCGCGCCCGGAAUUUUUUUUUAACUGCGCAGGUCUCACAAGAAGGUGUGUUAUUCAGUCCAUGGACGAGAUAUUCGACUCCUUUCAAUUCUCACUUCCGCAUUACAGCCUGACGAAGGCCUGUGACGUGUCCCUAUGGUCCCAAGUCAAAGGGCCUUUUAUAGAGAAGGUCUUAAAGAGACACAUCGCAUUUUGGAAAUCUCAAUUCGGCUGGGAAAAUGGCUGUAAAAAUAUUUCUGUUCGACUUAGAGAAACAAUUCAAACCUUUUUAGAAACUAUAGACUGUUAUCUAUCCAACAGUAGUAAAUAUAUGCAUAUUGGAAAAUAAAAAGUUUCUUAGGAGGCCGUUUGAAAAUGUG